AUGGCUGCCAACACUCUCCUCGAUCGCGUCGUUGGCCUCGCAAUGCUCAUCCUCGCGUCUGCCGUCUUCCUCUACUACACCACUUGGACUCUGUUGAUGCCAUUCGUUGACAGCGGCCAUCCGAUCCAAACACUGUUCCCACCCCGAGUGUGGGCGAUCCGCAUCCCAGUAAUCCUCCUCCUAUUAGGCGGCGCAGUAGUCGGCAGUUUCCUUAGUGUUGUUAUGAUAAGGAGCAAUCGCAAGAAGGCGUUGAAGGCAAAGCAAAAGGCUCAAGCACAGAAGGCGCAAUGA